GGCACUCACUUCCAUAGGAAGUUCACUUUAUCUUCCUUCCUGCCAUUCUCCCCAUCUUUUCUACCCCGGUAAAUGCGUUAGCUGAGACUGAGGCUGAGAGAGCUUCUCCACCUGAAGGUCUAACCUCCUCUGAGCCACCAUUGAUGGGUUCUCUUGAGAGCUCUGGAACUGAAGUGGCCACCGUUGAUGUUCUUGCUGCCAAGGAUUUGGUUGACUCUGGCUACUUCUACCUCGAUGUUAGGACUGAAGAGGAGUUCAAGAACGGUUACCCAGAUGCAGGGAAGGUCCUGAACAUUCCUUACUUGUUCAUCACUCCUCAAGGCAGGGUUAAGAAUCUGCAGUUCUUGGAGCAAGCCUUAUGUGCUUAUGGCAUCAAAGAUAAAAUAGUAGUGGGAUGCCGGAGUGGUGUCAGAUCCUUGGAUGCAGGCAUCGAUCUUGUCAAAGCUGGUUACAAGCAAGUCAUUAACAUGGGAGGAGGUUACCUUUCCUGGGUGGAGCACGGUUUGCCCGUAAAGAAGCCUGUCGUAGUCAAAGAAGAGGGACAAGCUAAGGAGGUUGUUUCUGUACAGAAGCCUUCUGAAGCCGGUAAGGAGCAGAAGAAGAAUGAGUUGCCAGUGGAGAAGCCCGCAAAUGAGGUAGAAGAACAGGUUUUUUGAACAAGACCACAUCCGUGUAUCCAUCAAAUAAGAAAACAAUGGAGAGGGAAAAAAUCAAAGAUUGUGCCAUAUGGAAGUUGCAUUUCGGCGGAAUCUGUGCUGUAUAUAUAUCAUCUUAUUGUAAAUCGAUUGUCAAGUCCUGCUUUGAAGUUUCCAAGUCCUGGUAUACUGAACUAGUAAUUCCAUGAGUUCAAGGACCGGAGAAAAUGCAUGACAUAUGAUUCGAGGCAAGGAUCUUUUGGGAUGUCGAUCUUCUCCUUUA